GGCGGCCAGGAGUUCCAUCGAGGGACAGCCACGCCCGAUGGCGCGCUAUCGUCGGCACGGCAGGCAUCGCCCGGUUGGUCCAAGGACGAACGGGCCAAGGCGGUCUAGCCUAGCCCUAUGGUUGCCGUUCGGCCUGCGGCUCGCUUAGCUGUUUGUUCGAUGCGAGCCAUGUACGAAGCGGUUAGCCCGUUUUGAGUCUCCGCUCCGCCGGCCAGCGAGGCGGGACGAUUUGAUGACCACGGGCCACGCUCAUAUAGGCGUACGGGCGGCAUGCCCGACGGCCAAGACUGUUGCCGUCCUGAGCCGCAGGAUAUGGACGCAUGAAUCCUGCGUGCGUGCGCCCUCUCGCCUGGCGUUGAUAGACUCGAUACGGACCUGUCGUUGCCGCCAGAGUGGGCUCUGGUUGUUGUCCAUGUCGCCGACUUGAAAGAAGUGAUUGAGAGAUUUGAGGCGGCCACCAGACACCCGACGGCCCGACGACGACCAAAGGCGAAGACGACGACGACGUGCGAUGCGAGCUUCCCGUGGCGGCAGCAGAGACGCCAACGGAACACGCAUACCGGCGGCAUGGCCACCACCAACAUGCACGGCGACCAUGGCAUGCCCGGCGGAUCCGAAAACGACAAGGCCGACCGGGCCAGCUCCGUCGACACGUCAGUAACGGCAGACAACGGCAAUGGCAACGGUAACGGCGGCGGCGGCGACAAACGGCGCUUCUCCCUCUCCGGCGCCGGCCACCUCUCGCUCGCCGACGUCGAGGCCGUCGAGGUCCGCAUCCGCAACCUCUCCGUUUCGGUCAACACGUCGCCGUCGUGGCUCGAGCCCAGCACAUACGCGGAGCUCGUCGCGGGCGGCUUCAAGACGACGCCGCGCAUCAAGGCCCUGCUGCGGUCCGUCGACGCCGACCUCGCGCCCGGCACCCUGACGGCCAUCAUCGGCGGCAGCGGGUCCGGCAAGACGACGCUGCUCAACACCAUGGCCGAGCGGGUGGUGGGCGGCGCGCGCGUCAGCCGGGGCGGCGUCACGACCUUCAACGGCGUCGCCGGCGUGCACGGGGUGCGCUACGCGUACGUGAUGCAGCAGGACGUGCUGCUGCCGACGCUGACGGUCCGCGAGACGCUGCAGUACUCGGCGGACCUGCGCCUCCCGCCGUCGACGUCGGCGCGCGACCGCCGCCGCGUCGUCGACGAGGUCAUCCGCGAGCUGGGGCUCAAGGAGUGCGCCGACACGCGCAUCGGCAACACGCAGCACCGGGGGUGCUCGGGCGGCGAGAGGCGGCGCGUCAGCAUCGGCGUCCAGCUGCUGGCCAACCCGUCGGUGCUGUUCCUCGACGAGCCGACGACGGGCCUCGACGCCACGAGCGCCUUCCAGCUGGUGCGCACCCUCAAGGCGCUCGCGCAAAAGGGGCGCACCGUCGUCACCACCAUCCACCAGCCGCGCUCCGAGAUCUGGGACCUGUUCGACGGCCUCGUCGUCCUCUCGCGCGGCUGCCCCGUCUACUCGGGCUCCAUCCCGGACUGCCUGCCCUGGUUCCGCGCCCAGGGCCACCCGCUCCCGCCGUUUGUCAACCCCGCCGAGCACGUCGUCGACAUCGCCGCCGUCGACAACCGCACGCCGGAGCUGGAGCGGGAGAGCGGCGCGCGGGUCGAGGCCCUCGCGGCCGCGUGGCGCGACGAGAGCGCAGCCCGCUUCGCGAUGCCGCCGCCGCCGCCGCCGCCGCCGGUGCCCGCUGCUCCGUGCGCCGACGACCGCGGGCACCACGCGCACCGCAGGCGCAGGCCGGACGCCGAGAGGCACGCCAGCUUCGGGCGGCAGCUCCGCGUGCUGACGGACCGGACGCUCAAGGUGACGUACCGCGACCCGCUCGGGAUGGCGGCGUCCAUCAUGGAGGCGGUCCUCAUGGGCGUCGUGACGGGAUACCUCUUCUUCGACCUCGGGCGCGACCAGGCCGGCAUCCGCUCCCGCGAGGGCGGCCUCUACACCGCCGCGGGCUUGCAGGGCUACCUCAUCCUCGUCUUCGAGGUCUACCGCCUGACGAUUGACAUCCCCACCUUUGACCGCGAGUCGUCCGAGGGCUGCGUCGACGCGCUCCCCUUUGUGCUCUCGCGACGGCUCGCGCGCAUGCCGACCGAGGACGUGCCCGUGCCGUUUCUCUUUGCCGUCCUCGUCUACUUCAUGGCCGGCUUCGACCGCGACGCCGGCAAGUUCUUUGUCUUUUUCGCCGUGACGCUCGUCAACCAGUACGUGGCCGUGACGUGCGCCAUGGUGUGCGUCACGGCCGUGCGGCACUUUGCGGGCGCCAGCCUCAUCGCCAACCUGGUGUACACGCUGCAGAGCAUCGCGUGCGGCAUGUUCAUCCAGGUGAACACGAUUCCCGUGUACGUGCGGUGGCUGAAAUGGAUCACAUACACGUUCUACGCCUUUGGGGCCUACGCGGGCAACGAGUUCCAGGGCAGCUUCUACGACUGCCCCGAGCCCGGCGGGCGGGCGAAUCCGGCGUGCACGCAGUAUACGGGUGAGUACGUGAUGGAGUCGCUCGGCUUCCCACCCGACUGGGUGGCGCGGCCCAUCAUCGUGCUCGUGUGCUUCGUCGUAUUGUUCAGCGCCAUGUCCGCGCUGGGACUGCGCUUCCUCCCGGUCGAGAUGACGAUUGCCCGGUCCCGCGCGUCCGACACGGACCUCUCGGCCGGCAAGGAGAAGAUGACGGCGCGGUCCAUCACCGAGGUGCGCGCCAUCGACCUCGGCCUCGACGCCUUCGCGCUGGCGCUGGACCGGCGGGCCGUCUCGGGCAGGAAGCUCCCGCGCAAGACGAUCCUCGAGCCCGUGGACGCGACGUUCGAGGCCGGGAUGCUCAACGUCAUCAUGGGUCCGUCGGGCAGCGGCAAGACGUCGCUGCUCAACGCCAUGGCCCUGCGGCUGCGCAACUCGGCGGGCACCAAGUACCGCCCCUCGGGCCGGCUGACCUUUAACGGUGCCGUGCCCUCCGACUCGGUCGUCCGCUCCGUGUGCUCGUACGUGUGCCAGGACGACGACGCGCUGCUGCCGUCGCUGACUGUGCGCGAGACGCUGCGCUUCGCCGCCGGCCUGCGGCUGCCGUCCUUUAUGAGCGGCGAGGAGAAGCGCCGCCGGGCCGAGGAGGUGCUCCUCAAGAUGGGCCUCAAGGACUGCGCCGAUAACCUCGUCGGCAACGACAUGGUCAAGGGCAUCUCGGGCGGCGAGAAGCGCCGCGUGUCCAUUGCCGUGCAGGUGCUCACGGACCCGCGCGUCCUGCUGCUCGACGAGCCGACGUCGGGCCUCGACGCCUUCACCGCCAGCUCCAUCAUGGAGGUGCUGCGGGGGCUCGCCCACGAGGGCCGCACGCUCGUCCUGACGAUCCACCAGGCGCGGUCCGACCUGUUUGGGCACUUUGGCAACGUGCUGCUGCUGGCGCGCGGCGGGGCGCCCGUGUACGCCGGUCCCGCGCGCGAGAUGCUGCCGUACUUUGGGCGCUCCGGGUACGAGUGUCCGACGCACACGAACCCCGCCGACUUUGCGCUCGACAUGAUCACCGUCGACCUGCAGCGGGACGACCGCGAGGCCGAGAGCCGCGCGCGCGUGCGGAAGCUGGUUGCGCAGUGGAAUCGGGGGGCGGCGGCGGACGGGGUCGCCGUGGACGAGCGGCUGCCCGAGAUUCAGGAGGCGGACGAGGAUCACGAGGCAGGCGAGAAGAUGGCGUCGCGGGCGCUGGAAUCGGCGGCGGAUGAUGACAAGGCGCCGGCCAUGCUCGGCAACACUCUCCUCGCGGCCCCCCUCGUCAACGCCGCCCACAUACAGUCCACCUCUCCGCCGCGCCGCCGCCGCUCGCUCAACAAGGCCAGCCUCUCCACGCCGGCCGAGCUGGGUGCCCUGGUCCGCGGGCGCGCCCCCCUGCACGUGGCGCUGCCGCUCCUCCUGCGGCGCGCGGCCAUCAACACGCGGCGGCAGCCGCAGCUGGUGCUCGCGCGGACGAUGCAGGUGGUCGGGCUGGCGGCCGUGUUCGCGCUCUUCUUCGCGCCGCUGGGCAACGACUUCUACUCGGUGCAGAACCGCAUGGGCUUCGUGCAGGAGCUGGGCGCGUUUUACUUUGUGGGCAUGCUGCAGAACGUGGCCGUGUACCCGAGCGAGCGGGACGUCUUCUACCGCGAGGACGACGACGGCGUGUACGGCGUCGAGGCGUUCCUGGCCAGCUACACGAUCCUCGAGGUGCCCUUUGAGAUGGCCAGCUGCCUCGUCUUUGGCGUGCUGGCGGCCAUCGCCGUGGGCCUGCCGCGCACCGUCACCAUGUACUUUGUCUGCGUCUUUGCCUGCUUCGGCGUCGUCUCGUGCGGCGAGAGCCUCGGCAUCAUGUUCAACACGCUCUUUGGGCACACGGGCUUCGCCGUCAACAUCAUGGGCAUCUUCCUGUCCGUGGCCAACGCCAUGGCCGGCGUCCUGUCCAUCGACAUGCCGCCGCUCUUCCGCGCCGUCAACUACCUGUCGCCCAUCCGCUACGCGACGCGCGCCGUGGCGCCCUACUCGCUGCGCGGCGUCGCGUUUACCUGCACCGCCGCGCAGCGGCUGCCCGACGGGGGCUGCCCCAUCCGCACGGGGGAGGAGGUCCUGUCGCUGUACAAGUUUGACGAGGACCCCGUCGUCAACGUGGCGGCCAUGGCGGCCUGCAUCGUCGUGUACCGCCUGCUGGCGUGGCUGCUGCUCAGGCUGAUGCGCGCCCGCUGGAGGGACAGCAGCAGCAGCGGCAGCAACAACAACAACAAGGCCAAGGACAACAAAGACAAGGCGGCAAAAGACGAACACGGCCGCGAGUAG